UCAAGAGCUAUAUAUAGUACCUUCACCAUCAAAGAUCGACCUAGUUAGACCGACCAGACCAGAAGACUUUACCCAUUGUCCGAGCUCGAAUAACAACAUCACAAACAACCGAACAAUAGAUCCAUCCACAGAUUAUUCUCGCAGCCAAAAUGCUCCUCUUCCAUCACCGCUCCAAAGCUCCAGGAGAACUCGCUAGUCAUAAAGCUGCACUCGAAUACCACAAAAAAAAGCAUUCUUUACCACCAAUGCAACAAUCACAGCGAAUUCCAGUUCAUCCACAACCCCAAAGGCACAGAAAAUAUCGGAUAUAUCAUCAGCUCCAUUAUGUAGAGGCAACGUGUUUCAAGAUGGUAUGAUGAGCUUGCCAGUGAUGCAGCUUUCUGAACAUCAUCUUUCCCGACUUCAAAAAUUAAGAGCGCAAAGACCUAAAGACUCCUCAUCUCCAAGUGGUGGGAAAAGAUUACGUAAAGUGGAUAAACGAGUUGAGGCAAAGGAGAAGAUGGAAAAGAGGAAGAAGAUGGAGAAGAUGAAGCAGAGCGGAUCAAUUGGAGAAGAUCAACCUCGUACGACUGAUAUCAUUACACAACCGAUAUCAAUCUCAUUCCAUAAAAUCCGAAAAGCUUCCCAAAAAGGGUUCAGAAAUACAUUCCCUUCACUUCCUCCAAAAGAUUAUUCAAGAAAUCGUCCAAAGAAUCACCCGCGGAUAAAGUCAGGGAGAAGUCGAAAAGGAAGUCGAAGUGGAAAUCGAAGAGGAAGUCGACUGCCAUAUUGAAACGGCAGCCAAGAUGUCUCCUUUAUUCAAGCCAGACACCACAACUAUCCCAAACGAUCCUGAUUGGCCUUUGCGUUUGUCCAGAAUCUUAUCUCCUCAGAGUUCGAUCCGUCGGUCUUGUGAGGGACAUAUCUAUGAUUGCUCGGAGGAUAAGGUCGCAAUGAAAGGAAAGAAUAAGGCUUAGGAAUGUUGUUAUAGGCUGAAAUCAAACGAGACUCGCGAGACUCUUCUGGAUGAGGAGUGCGAAUCCGAAAGUGGAGGGUUGAGGAAAAGAAGCCAGUUGAACUAGUGACGGAAAAGAAGCGAGUUGGAUGAAAAGGGGCAAAGUGGGUCAGUUAAUUGUAAAAUUCGCGAUCUACUCUUGAAGUUCGCAUAAUGUUUGAUUUUGGGAAAUAUCUGGAACUACGUUGUAUUUAG